UAUUUCUAAAAGUAUACUAUUAAAUAUUAUUAUUUUAAAUUACAAUUUUAAAACUCAAAAUGAAAUUUAUAAUUAUUUUAAUGAGUGUUAUAUCUGUGUGCUAUUCAAAAGAUAUACUGGGUAAAUUGCCUAAAAUGGCUGAUUUAUUAGGCAUUAGCCCUAGAGUUGCCGCGAUGAAAAAAUUUAAAAUGCUUACUAAUUCACCAAUGUACGACAAGGAUAUAAGACCUAACUUAGCAGAAAAUGCCCCGGUUCAAAUUGGCAUCACUAUGUAUGUUAUCAACUACGACUUUGACCCGAAAAGCAGGGAGAUGAGCAUGAUGAUGUACUUCCGGCAAAUGUGGAAUGACCCUCGACUGGUAUCCAAUGGCAUAACCCAGGAUGUAUAUGGUGGACAGUCCCUUAUGGAAAGGGUAUGGGUGCCGGACACAUUUUUCUCAAACUCAAUGGACGUGGAUAUUGUAAAAUAUCCGACACGUAACAUGUUUUUGAAAGUUAAACCUAAUGGCGAUGUUAUGUAUAACGAAAGGUGAGUUGA